UUGUUCAACUCCAGGAUUUCCCUAAUUCCCAAAGGUGCUUUGGCAGGAGCCACCUAACUAGGUUCCUCAGCCUUUAGUCCUCACACCCAACAAUCCAUAUUAUUGCUAAACCCCUACUUGAGCACAAGAUUUUCCCACUUAAAAAUGUCCAAUGGCUCCUAGUUCUAUUAUAUCUGAAAUCUUCAAUAUGACAAUAAGAUUGUUCACAAAAUGGCACCUUCCCUCCCAUCUCCAGUGAAUCCUUGCAUCAACUCCAUAUGCUGAGCUCCUUUGCCUUGUUCACAGCAGAUUUUGUCACCUCAAUGCCUUUGCUUAUGCCAUAAACCUCCUGAAAUGCCUGUUUCCCCACCAAUUCUCUCAUAAACUCCUACCCAUCUUCCAAGACCAAGUUCAAAUAUCAUAGACCGUGGUGUGUCAGCCAAAUGAAUUCAUGCCUGACAGUGCCAUUGUUGGGGACGUGCUUGUGUUAACCAAACCCUUAGGAACCCAAGUUGCCGUCAAUGCUCACCAAUGGCUUGAUAAUCCUGAAAGGUGGAAUAAAGUAAAGAUGGUGGUCUCCAGAGAAGAGGUAGAGCUGGCCUAUCAGGAAGCUAUGUUCAACAUGGCUACCCUAAACAGAAUUGCUGCUGGAUUAAUGCACACAUUUAAUGCCCAUGCAGCCACAGAUAUCACAGGCUUUGGCAUUCUAGGACACUCUCAGAACCUAGCAAAACAACAAAGAAAUGAAGUGUCCUUUGUCAUUCAUAAUCUGCCAAUCAUUGCCAAGAUGGCUGCCAUCAGCAAGGCCAGUGGGAGGUUUGGGCUCCUUCAAGGAACCUCAGUUGAAACUUCUGGGGGAAUACUAAUUUGUCUGCCAAGAGAACAAGCGGCUCGCUUUUGUUCUGAAAUCAAAUCUUCCAAGUAUGGAGAAGGUUACCAAACAUGGAUUGUUGGCAUUGUGGAAAAGGGGAAUCGGACUGCUUGGAUCAUUGACAAGCCUCGAGUUAUUGAGGUCCUACCUCGCGGGGCUACUGCUACUGCUUUUGCUCCUGACAGUUCAAAUGCCUCCUCUGAGUCUAGCUUGUGAGAUGAAGUAGCAGAAGCUGUGUGGAGCUUAGAGCCUUUGUACACAAUCAUGAAUGAUUCUCAAGAGUUGAUUUUAAGAAAUUUACAAAGAAGGCAGACUGCAUAAAGGUUCCAGCUGCCCUUUCUAAUUGAAUUAGCCCAUCAAAAGCUGUUUGUAUGUACAUUCCAAGGCCAGAGGUAACAUUUUAACUUUGGGGGGAUGUUUGUUCAUCUUGAGUAGAAAAGGAGCAGAAAAACUUCUGUUUCCUCUCUCCAGAAUAAGAUAACACUUUUUGGGUUUGAGGGAUUUUUCUUUGCAUUAGGUUGAUUCAUUAACUGCAUAGGGAGUGAGAUUAUUAAAAAUACACAAAAAGUAAAUUGCAAAAUGAAAAAAUUCAGAUCAGAAACAAAUGGGUUUGGACCAAUGCUGUUGAUAAAUCUAAAUUGUUCAAAGAGAUCUUACAAUGCUAUGUUAAAUUCUUUAUUAGAUUUUUCUUAAGUACUCUUUCCUGCUCUGGACAAGAAUUGAGCAGCUUGUCCAGUGACUGGGAAAGGAGGACUGCCACCAUUUGAUUUGGUCUCUGUUCAUGAUGUCUCUCCGACUAAACCCCAUUAAGGACUAGGAGAGGCAGAGCAAGUCCCAGAGCCUAGGCCUUGGUGGUCAUUAAGAUGUUAAAUCUUGUGUUGAAAAUUCCUGGUGAUUUAAUAAAGAAUAACUUCUAGCUAAAUAAAUAAAAAGGGAAUUCGUUGAAAAAACAAACAAACAAAAAAAAAAUAUCAUAGACCCCCCCUAACAUUUUUACAGUUACCCAUCUCAUCAAAAAUAGGAUUAAUGCUUCCUCAUCUUUAUUUCUGCAGUACCUUGUACGUUUUAUAGAAACUGUCAUUGCUAGAAUCUGUCAAUUUAUAUGUCUACCACCAUUUUGUAAUGUGUCAUCCCUAUAUUCUCUACAUUAUAUUGUCAGUACCUAGCUAAGUUCCAGGCACAUAGUAAACAUUCAAAAUAAGAGUGGGUACAAGAGCUAUAGUACACUUUCAGAAUAUUCUAAGAACCAGCUGCAGAUCAUGAGAAAUGUUUGACUCCUGGAGAAGCAACUGAAGGAGAAUUAUCUUGGCCAACCCCAGGCAAAGACACAAUUUCCCAUGGUUACACACCAGGUGAUACUAAACCUUCAGGAAGUUGCUGUCUCUAAUACCAACUGGAUGUAGAUUUCUGUCCUUCUACAUUCUGGUCUAUAAUGCCUUCAUUAACUCCCUCUAGGGUGGCUGAUAUUUUUAAAGAAAAUAUGAGUGAAAGCCUUUCAAAUAGCAAUGGAUAAUAGUGAGGCUUAUUGAAAUACAUAAAAAUACUUCCGAGCCAUGUCCCUACAUAUGAAUAUUAUUUUCAUGAAAAGUAAAAUUCUGCCUCAAAAUGUUCGCACUUACAUCUCCCUCUGCCCAGAACAUUCUCUCUACUUUACUCUGUCACUUAUUCCAAUCUCUGAUCAAACAUCCCUUCAUCAGCAAUCCUUUCCUUGGCCACUUAGUCUAAAAGGGCAACCCCAGCACCUAUCCCUCUUCCCACACAUACCACCUCCUGGCAUAUAUUUAUGUAUUAUCUGUCUCACUCUACAAAAACUUUCAUCCAGUAUUUUUUAUUACUGAAUAGCUCUGAACAGUGGCAAAUAACAAGGACUUGAUAAAUACUAUUUUAUAAUGAAUGACACAAUGAAUUGGUUUCCUAGAAGGAAUUUCUGAUACUUUACCUGAAAGCUUUCAGUCUUGUAUUAUGAACUGCAAAGAUGAAAUAAACGUGCACUUGUCUAUGGGAUUUUAGGUUAGAUUUAGAGAGGUUACAUGUUUAAAAAUUGGCUUUGAUCACUUUUAGUUUUUAAUCCAAAGUGGUGCAAACCCUAAGUUAAAUUCUCCUGUUACCAUACUGACAAAGCCACACUGCAAUGAACUAUCACAGUACCAUCAUGUUCGGUCCAUCUACAAGAAAGAAAACACUGUCUUAAAUGGAUUCAAAUAAACUGUGAACUACCUUUCUUAGACAAAAUAAAGAAUAGACAUUUUUGUGUAUUCAAGUUCAGCAUUUUUAUGUGCCUUCUUCUAAACUUGGCUAUAACUAAUUAUGCGGUUGUUUGUGAUGUUUUGUCUAAGUGCACAAUUAUAAACAAGUCUAAGUAAAUUUUUAGUAUUCAAAUUAUUAUUGGAUUUAUAGUUAAAUAAUUUCUAACAAAAUUCUUCCAAGAAAUUAUAAAAUGAUUUUUAAAGCAUCUCUAGU